AAUGACUAAAGAGAUGUUGUGAGUUCUUGAAUUUAUGGAUGAGACGGGAGGGUGUCUGCAAGGGGGGAGCCUGGCACGGGCGCUGGGCUCUGAGGAACGUGACCAGCAGCAGGUUAAGAAUCAAAUACAAUCAAAUACGAGUGAAAGUCUGAGGAGGAUUUGGAUUCUACCUGCAAAAAUCCAGGUUUUUUUUUUUUUUUAAGGAAUUAUAGCUAAGAAAAAGCACAAUGGAGUUUUACGAGUCUACCUACUUUAUCAUCCUCAUUCCUAGUGUGGUUAUUACAGUCAUCUUCCUCUUCUUCUACCUUUUCAUGAGAGAGACUUUGUACGAUGAGGUCCUGGCGAAACAGAAAAGGGACCUAAAGUUCCAACCCACCAAGGCCGACAAAAAGAAAACCGAGAAGAAGAAGAACAAGAAGAAAGAAGCUCAGAACGGGAACAUCCACGAGUCUGACUCCGAGAGUGCCCCUCGGGACUUUAAGCUCUCUGAUGCCCUGAGCACAGACGAGGAGCACGUCACCGUCACCCCCGUUCCCUCGGGCGCGACCGAGGCACCGGCCGGCGUCAGGGAACGGAAGAAGAAGGAGAAGAAGCACAAGGCCGGUCAGGAUGAUCACGUAACUAAGGACUCGGAAGGAUCCAAGUCUUCAGGCAAGAAAGUAGAUCCAGUCCCUGUUACAAAACAGCCCACUCCACCAUCUGAACCAACAGCAGCUAAGAAGAAGCCUGGGCAGAAGAAGCAGAAAAAUGGAAUGGGUAUCUGAUGUUGCAUAUGCUUCUUGCACAG